UAUGGAUUUGCCCUUCUACGCAGACGGGCCCUGCAGUUAGAAGAGCUCACCUUAGGUAAGGACACGCCCGAUAACGCCCGCACCCUCAAUGAGCUGGGCGUCCUCUACUAUCUUCAGAACAACCUGGAGACAGCUGAGCAGUUUCUGAAGCGCUCCUUAGAAAUGAGGGAGCGAGUUCUAGGGCCAGAUCACCCCGACUGUGCCCAGUCUCUGAAUAACCUGGCAGCUCUGUGCAAUGAAAAGAAGCACACUGGUCCUGACCACCCUUCUCUGGCGUACACAGUGAAGCACCUUGCAAUCUUGUAUAAGAAAAUGGGAAAGCCUGACAAAGCGGUACCUUUGUAUGAACUGGCUGUUGAAAUUCGGCAGAAAUCCUUUGGGCCAAAGCACCCCAGUGUAGCCACCGCCUUGGUGAACUUGGCAGUGCUGUACAGCCAAAUGAAAAAGCACAUUGAAGCUUUGCCAUUAUAUGAAAGGGCAUUAAAGAUUUAUGAAGAUAGCCUGGGUCGGAUGCACCCUCGAGUUGGAGAAACAUUAAAAAAUCUAGCUGUGCUCAGGUAGGAAGUUUUUCACUUUUCUCAUACAUCC